AUGGCUUCGCCCUCAGCCAUCCGCUGCCUCCGUCGCGCGCCCGCAUUCGCGCCCCUAACAUCACGCUCCUUCUCCACGACUCCCCGCGCAUCGCUCGCGCGUAUGUCCAUCAUAGGCCGCCUAGCCGCGGAGCCCGAGCUCACGAACACAAGUACGGGGCGGGAGAUCGUGAGAUAUGCGUUAGGGACGAGCUAUGGGCCAAAAGAAGACCGAAAGACCAGCUGGUUCUCGGUGACUUGCUUUGAUGAAGGUCCGAGGAGAGAUCUCCUCCUGUCACAGCCGAAGGGGACGUUGGUGUACCUGGAUGCGGAAGCACAAAUGAGGACAUUCGAAGACGAGUCGGGCAGGAAGCAGUCGCGGUUGAACCUCAUACAACGAAACUUCGAAGUCCUUAGCAAACCCGCACGUCUUGAGACCUCUGCUGCCGAAGAGCCAGAGAGUGGCAUUGGAGCCUCCUGA